AUGCGCUCCGUGGAGGUGAACUGGGCCGUUAUCGUGGUCCAAAUCAUAGCGCUUCUGUACAAGGACCAGGACGUGGGAAACUUGCAGCACUUGAUCUCGACCUCGACAUCGAACUCGGAGAGCUCCGAGGACGACAUCGAGAGCAAUACGUCGAAGCACUCGGUGCACCACGCCAGCAGCAACGACUCGAUGGCAGCCGGGGCAGCCGUCCGGCGGUCGCAGUCCACAGCGGGCGAUUCUGGCUACUGCCACUCGGACUUCACCACUUCCUCCAGCAACAGCCGGUCGUUCUCGCCCCGCGACAAAGGAGAACUGAGCCGGGACGCGUCCUCGUCCAGCGGCCGCGCCAGCGCUGACAACAUGACAUCGUCCUCUAACGGCCACUCAUCGUCGUCUGACGACGAAAACCAGGUGAAGGAGCACAUCAAGGAUCCGCACCACAAAGCAUCGGCCAAGCAUAGGGCCAUGCACUCUGCCGACAGUCCCUCUGGCAGUGAUUCAUCGUACGAGGACGAGCUUCUGGCUCGCUCCAAACAGCGCAAUCUGGUUGCCAUGUCGCGAAAGAGCAAAAACCAGCUGAAAGGCGGAAAGUGCACGUCAUCUGUUUGCCUAGAGGCCGCUGUGGCAUCGCUCGAGUCCCGUUGCGCACUCCGCCAUCCCGUGUGGGACCGCAAGAAGACUCUGGUACUUCUGGACGCGUCAGCACACGUCCCGUCCAACGCUGAUAUCAGCAACAUGCUUCAGAACUUCACAAUCAGCUUUCUGCACAGCGGAUAUGGACCCCUGGUGGCUGAGCUUAUGAGGGUGAACCACCAGCAGGGCUCGAGCUUGAUCGACCGCUGCCACUUUCUGUGGGUGGUGGGCUACUUCACGGGACUGGCCACCGCAUUGGGCCUGUCCCUGCACCACGUGCGGCCUGUGCUUUCGAUCGAGGUGGUCGGUCUGCUCGUCUUCGAGGCCAUCGCCGUCUGCCAAGAGCUGGACAUGUCGCAGCACCAGUCGGCCGAAGGAUCCAAGCUGCUCAAAAAGAGGUACCACCUUGUGGUUCGCGCUUUCCGCGAGUUCAUCGCCGCCAUCGGAACGUACAACAGCCGCUGCAAGGGCGUCGGCGACGACAUGCGUCGGCUCUGCGUGUCUCUGGCUCGUCUGGAAGACCUUCGCAAUAUCCCGCUACUGCUGAUCCGCAAGUGGAACGCCAUGCCGAGCCAGAUACUUGUGGACCUAAUCAUCACCAACCAUCUGUUGCUACUAAUUCUGGAGUAUGCCCAAAAGACAGAGGGCGGCCUGGACAUCGACAUCCUCGGACAUCUGUCGCAGUUUGCAACAGUCGAGGUGAUGGAAAGAUAUGGUGUGGUCUUGAAAGAUUACCGGAAAAACAGUGUUCUCGUAAACGACUGCGUUUUCACGAUGAUGCAUCACGUUGCUGGCGACCUAAAGCGUCCGGAAGCACUCUUCCAUCCGAGCAUUCUAUCUUCUUUCGUCAACAUCUUGAAUGAAGGAGCCGAAAUUCCCGAGCUGUACGAAGACUUGGUGGGCUACGUGAUGAACCGGUACCUAAAGCUCGCCGGACGCAACCCGGAGCUGUACUCGGAGAGCAUCCCGGGCAUGCAGCGCAGCGGUUCGGCAUCCAGCACCCAGCCGCUGGUAGUGCCGCCUUUCUACGACGACGACAGCAGCGACAGCAGCGACUGUAGCGACGAGGGCGACGACAACGCGCUCUACUGGUGCUUCCUCCAGUUCGAGUACGAUAGCGACCCCGUCGGCCAGAUCGUCGAGCACCUGCGCCGGAACGACGUGCGUCGCACCCGCCGAGAGAUACUGGACCAGCUGAAGUACAAGCGCGUUAUCUCGAAUUCUCAAUGUGAAAAGUUGGAAGAAAAAGAAAAACAGUUUCUAGAAAAUUCUUCGAAGCCUAAGGAACAGCCGGAAUCUCAAAACAUCGAGAGCGAGGAGCGGUCAGAGAUCACAGACUUGGUACUCAAACUUAAAGGCAUGGGAUUCGAACCACAGCUCCAGUGGAUUCAGAAGAAGUUCUUAGAAGUAUGCUACGUCAAGCUAAAAAACCGACCCUUGGACGACGCCGAGCCCGUGGCCCUGCACUACACGCUGCUGGGCCAGAGUGUGCCCAUCAUCGCCUUCAGCGAGGUGCAGUCGAGCGCGCUCAAGAACGCCGACUUCCGACAGCUGCUGCAUAAGCUCGGUCUCGACUGGCCGGGACCCGCAAACUGCCCCUGCAUCCCGGCCUCGUGGGCCGCCGACAAGCUGUAUGCCACGGCGCGCAAGCUAGGACCACUCGCAUACCGGAAGCUGGCCAGGCUCUGCCAGGAAGGCGCGGACUCGAACACCGCCGCGUUGGCGGCUCCUCCUCGCGCCCGAGCCGAUGCUGCCGCCACCUCGUAGACGUAUUUUUCAACGGGUCUGUUGUUCCAGCUGCAAUAUAUAUACCAUCACGGGGCUUUCGUCGCUCUCUGGUGCGGGAUCUUGAGGAUCAUGCGCGCCCUAUACAGUACAGGACCCCGUUAUAGCGUAAUACCGGAUAUAGCGAACCCAAGGCGCCAGUUUUGAGGGCGUUCUUACGCUUUCAACCGAAAAA